ACAACGACAACACAACAGCUGACUGCUGCCGUCCCAGCAACACCGACAACGACAACACCGACAGGCCUCAACACAGCCACUGAGCCUCCUGACACUUCAGACCCUCACAGCCUCCCGGUCACUUUAACACUAACUACACCUCGCAUUACCAUGGAAACGGUUUCUGCUGUCACCAGUGAAAGUUCACCUUCCACAAUAUUACCAAAUCUGUCAACUGAAUCCACUUUGGCACAGAUUAAUGUUGUUCUCCCGUCUGAUUCUACCCCUGCUGCUGCUGCUGCUGCUGAUGCUGCUGCUGCUACUGAAGCUGUUGCUGGUGCUGAAUCUGCUGAAGUUGCUGCUGCUGGAGGUGACACAAAUAUUGCUGUUGUCACCACAGCUGUUUGGCCCACCACUAGCACAUCAGAUAUGCCCUCAGGCUCGGUCAUCACUACAGAUGCACUCAGUGAAACUUGUGAUGAUUCCUCUGUGGUCACCUCCACUAGCUCCGUGACUUUAGUUUCUGAAACGACAUCUUCAUCUACCUUAAGUGAAACCAUUAAAGCCACAGUUUCACCUGAUGCCACCUCUUCAACCCCAAUAUCUGCCGCUCCUCCUCCCACCAGCAGCAGCAGCAGCAGCAGCAGCAGCAGCAGCAGCUCCACUAGAAGCCCAACAGCCACUGAUUGCAUGAACACUAUCUCAGCUCCCAACAUGACUCAGCCAGACACUGAUAUUUCUGUUCCCUCCACUUGUUCUGGUCUAACAAAGCCCACAAAUGAUCCCUCUGAUCACCUGAGCAGUCCAGCACACUCUACCGUCAGCCCAGGUGAAAAUAAUGUUGUCCUGACCAGAUCUGACCAAACAUCCAGUGUGGAUCCAACGGAGCAGGGUAAGGCAGAAGACGAGCCUGACGUGGAACAGAAGCAGCAAACGGAGGUGGAUGAAAGUCGAGGAGUUGUUAAUGAUGGAAAACCAACGCUAACUAAGAGUGACGACACCAGAGGAGAGUGUGACACUGAUGAGAGAGCAGAGGAGGGUCAAAGGUCACUCAGCCACAAGUAAUUUCACAAAUCGCUAAAUACGGGACCAACUACUGUGACGGAGCAGGAGAGGCCACAGUACAGCCGAGGAUCCACGGUGUGAUGUCAUCAACAUAUCCAGCAGUGUCUUUGUAUGAUCAUGUACCAUAAGACGAGUACUGUGCUAAACCACACCAUGUUUACAUUAUAUAGAUGAUAAGUGAUAUAGAUAUGACUAUUAAAUGGAAUAAUUAAUUGA